AUGGAUCAUUGUUCAGCCUGGAAGCAGUACUUGAGAGACCUGUGUUUCUCCAAUGAUUAUUUCGAUGAGGAAGAUGAUUUGGUCUUAGCGACUCUCAGCGCCUGGCAUGCGGACGGGGAGGCAUCACACCGAGGGCCGUGGGGCGGUUCAGUGCCGGGUCAUCGGCGUAUCCACCGGAAUCGACUGGAGGGCCACAAUAGGUUGUACAACGACUACUUUGCGGACCCCACGGUGUACCCCGACUACAUUUUCUGUUGCAGGUUCAGGAUGAAACGCGACCUUUACUGCAAGAUUGUGCAGGCGGUUGAGGAGCAUGACCCGUGGUUCCAACAGAGGAGGAACGCUGCAGGCGAGCUGAGGCUAUCCUCCUUGCAAAAAUUUAUUGCGGCAUUCCGUAUGCUAGCAUACGAUGCUCCUGCAGAUUCUCUGGAUGAAUGCAUCCGGCUAGGGGAGAGCACCAUCAUUGAGAGCAUGAGGUGGUUUGUUCGUGCUGUCGUCGAGGUGUUCGGUGAUGAGUACCUCCGUGCUCCGAACGAGGAGGACAUUGCUCACUUGCUUGAUAUCAACCAGCGAAGAGGGUUUCCCAGGAUGCUGGAAAGCAUUGACUACAUGCAUUAG